AUCAGGUAUUCUUGGACUUUUGGUUUUACUGGCAAUUUUACCAUCGUUGUUUAUGUCUACUUCACUUACAGGCGCAAGUGCAGGUUGUCCAGCAGUAACGUGUCCAGCUGGUUAUAUGAAGCUAGAUGACCAAGGAAUCAGUCCGAACUGUUACUUUUUUGGUGGAAGAAAUGAUGCAAGGAGUUGGCAUUCUGCUGAUGCCGUAUGUACCAGUACUAGUGGAGCUCAUCUCUUGGUACCUGAUAGUCUAGCUGAGAUUGAGGCCCUCAGACGGAAAUUUGGCAUCGGUGACAACGAUGGGGAUGUUUGGACUGGUGCCAACGAUUUAAGGAGUUCCGGGAACUUUAUGUUUAAAGUAAACAAUAAAAACUUUGAUUUCAACGCUCUACCAUUUGGAGUAGAAAAUGAAGUGGGCAUGCGUGGUAGCCCUAGCUGUGUAGAAAUAGAACUAAACAGUAAUGGCGUUUGGGGCUGGGAUGGUGAUGCUUGUACUGAGACAGAAAACUAUAUUUGCGAGUUACCAGUAGUAUGCAAUACUGGUCUCUUCGGAUAGGACAUGUUAAGAACUAGAUGGAUUGUUUUCAGGCAAAGACACAGGUGUGAAAUAAAUAACACAACGACUGUAACUGUUUUCAUAUCUUCUUUCGUUGGUCCGUUUGAU